AUCAAUGGAAUAUUUAAUAAAUCCGAAAUGAACCUUUUCUUGGUGACAAUUAUCAAUUAGUAUAACAAAAAUGAAUUCUCAACAAGAAAAAUUAUAAAUAAAUAUUGGAGAAUUUAAUACAAAUAUGUAUUGCUUUUAACUUUUACUCAAGUUGCUUAAAAUUUUAUGUCAAAACUAUCAAAAAGGAAUUCUCGAACUUAUUGAUCUCCCACACACAAUAAUAAUCUGAUUCAGACCAACCAAUCAUCUUUCUAGAGAUCAUCAAUUUUUCGGAACUUUUUUAAACAACUACCAUGUCUAAACGUAUAACUGCCGACGAAGUUGGGCAACAUAAUACUGAAAAUUCCAUCUGGAUUAUUGUUCACGACAAAGUAUUUGAUGUAACAAACUUUUUAAAUGAACACCCCGGUGGAAAAAAUGUUUUAUUAAAGGUUGCUGGUACAGAUGCAACUAAACAAUUUGAUAAUUUUCAUAAUUUGGGUAUUUUGGAAAAAUAUGCUCAAUUACAAAUUGGUGAAGUUGGCUCUUCUCAAGAGGAAGUUUCAAAUGAAGCUGCUUCAGGUGAAGGUCCAUUUGGUGACCUUGUACCUUUUGGUGAUCCUUAUUGGUAUCAAGACUUCUACUCUCCAUAUUAUAAUGAUUCUCAUCGUCGUGUAAGAGCUGCUGUACGUAAAUUUGUUGAGACAGAAAUUAUGCCUUAUACUUUUGAAUGGGAUGAAGCUAAAAAGAUUCCAAAAGAACUUUUUAUAAAAACUGGUAAAGCCGGUAUCUUAGCGGGUAUUUGUGGUACUCCAUGGCCUGAAAAAUAUACUGAUGUUAAACCUAUUGCCGGAGUAAGUAUCGAAGAAUAUGAUAAUUUUCACGAAUUUAUCAUAUGUGAUGAAUUAAGUCGUUGCGGAGCUGGUGGGACAUUGUGGGGUUUAUUUGGUGGUUUGACCAUUGGGCUUCCACCAAUUCUUAAAUUUGGUUCAGAGGAAUUAAAGAGAAGAGUUGCUCCAGGAUGUCUUAAUGGAACCAAAAAUAUUUGUCUUGCUAUCACAGAACCAUAUGCUGGGUCUGAUGUUGCAAAUCUUAAAACAGAAGCCAAACUUUCUGAUGAUGGACAAUAUUAUAUUGUUAAUGGUGAAAAGAAAUGGAUUACUAAUGGUGUUUUUUCCGACUAUUUUACUGUCGCCGUUCGUACUGGAGGUCCUGGUAUGGGUGGUGUUUCCCUUUUACUGAUUGAGAGAGAUAUGCCUGGUGUAAAGACCCGUCAAAUGUUAUGUUCUGGUGUAUGGGCUUCAGGUACUUCUUACAUCACAUUUGAAGAUGUAAAAGUGCCAAAGUCUAAUCUUAUCGGUAAAGAGAAUGGAGGUUUCAAGUGUAUUAUGCAUAAUUUCAAUCAUGAACGUAUGGGUAUUGCAGUUCAAGCGAACCGUCUCGCUCGUGUUUGUUAUGAGGAAGCCAUGAAAUAUGCUAAUAAACGUAAGACAUUUGGUAAAAAACUUGUUGAACACGAUGUUAUUCGUAACAAACUUGCCCAUAUGGCACGUCAAAUUGAGGCAACACAUGCAUGGAUGGAGUCAUUAAUUUAUCAAACAUGCCGUAUGUCUGAAACUGAAGCUAUGGCAAGACUUGGUGGACCAAUUGCUUUAUUAAAAGCACAAACAACGCAAACCUUAGAAUAUUGUGCUCGUGAAGCUGCUCAAAUCUUUGGUGGUUUGGCUUAUACACGUGGAGGUCAAGGUGAAAAGGUUGAACGUUUAUAUCGUGAAGUACGCGCUUAUGCUAUUCCUGGUGGUUCAGAAGAGAUUAUGCUUGAUCUUGGUAUUAGACAAUCUCUUAAAGUUGCAAAAUCCCAUGGUGCCAAACUUUAGAUUAUUAAAUUAAUGUUUUUGAAUUAAUAACGAAUAAUCAAUCAUAUUUAAUUGUU